AUGCGAUGGGAAAGGAAUCUCCUGUCAUACGAUGCAUUCGACGCCAACGAGCUGAGAGCGUUCUGCUGUGCUAGGAAGCUCGAACUUCCCAAGGGCGUAAAGCAGACCAGAAGGAAGUUCAGCAAUCUGCUUGAGGCGACGGAUGAUGACGACGGCACCACUUUCUCGAACUUCCUUCGCUUGCCGCCUGAAGUGCGCAACAAGAUUUACGACAUCCACAUCGAUUGGCUGGCGAAACGUCUCCCAAGCCGUAGAGACACAUAUGAACCUGAUAAAGUCAAAGCGGACUACCUCGUCGUGCCACCACCUAUAACCGCCGUGUGCCAUGCACUACGACGCGAAGUCCUCCCACUAUUCUUCCACUCUUUCUGCUGGCGGGUCAGAAUUGUCUGCCGCAAAGGCGAGAAGAAAGGAUUACCUGAUCACGCACAGCUGAGUUGGCAUCGCUAUGGUGACAGGCAGAAAAGUCCCCCUGACGAACUUCUUCGACUGAUGACGAGAUUUCGUGUCGAUGUGCAGUUUAAUAUCAUCAGAACACUUGGCAAGCACAACAACACCAUCGACCUUGACCCACCCCUUUUCGGCAAGAUAUCCAAGAUGCUCCCACCAAAGUUCUGGAACGACUUAGGUCUCACCGAGCCAUUUACUACAUCGAAGUACGAUCAAGAGAUGCCUGGGAAAAUUACAGAACCAGUCGUUGUCGUGGCCAUAGUCGUCAUGUUGAUCUUGUCGCUUGUCUUCCUCGGACUCGAUGAUAACUUGACGUGGUUGGCUCGCGAGCGCGGCGAAGAUCCAGAGGAGGAGGAGGAUGAUUGGUUUCGUCAAUUUUUGGUGAAUAUUGGGUUCGAUAUGGAGGCGUGGUUAGGGAGGCUCAUGUGGAACAAUGUUGGUGUUGGAAGGGAGUAA